CAAAUUAUCGAGUUUCUAACAAAGAUAAAGACGGCUCUGCGUCGCCUCGUAAUUUGCCAACUGUAAUUUUAGCCAAAUAACAGCGAUCGCGACAGGGAACCGCCGAGAAGUUGGAGCGCCCACACUGCCACCCACCGAGGACGCCAGCAGAACAGCCGUGCACCCACUGCGAAGGCCGUGUGCGCGAGAGUGCGAGCGAGAGGGCAGCAGGCGACACAGGCAGAAUCAUUUUCGCAAGUGUUGUGAUAGAAAAAAGUGAAAGAAACUGCGAUAGUGAGUUCGAAGGAACAAGACCAAAAAUGUCUUCAACCCCAGCAGCGGGCAGUGCCGCCGAAGUGGCCACCUCCAGUGCCACCUCAAAUGCGCCCAGUGCACCCAGCACAACGGCCAGCAAUGUGAACAAUCCCAGCCAGCCGACGUCUGCCGGAACGCCGCAGGCACGUGGUGGCAGGGGCAGCAACGCCAACGGAGGAGCCUCUGGCAGCAAUGCAGGUGGCGGAGAUGAGCCGCGCAAGGACGCCAAACCAACGCCCAGAAUAUCCAAGGCUCUGGGCACCUCGGCCAAGCGCAUACAGAAGGAGCUGGCCGAGAUCACACUGGACCCACCGCCCAACUGCAGUGCCGGGCCCAAAGGCGACAACCUGUACGAGUGGGUCUCAACCAUUCUGGGACCACCCGGAUCCGUCUACGAGGGCGGCGUCUUCUUCCUCGACAUACACUUCUCGCCGGAGUAUCCCUUCAAGCCACCCAAAGUCACGUUCCGCACGCGCAUCUAUCACUGCAACAUCAACAGCCAGGGCGUCAUUUGCCUGGACAUACUCAAGGACAACUGGUCGCCGGCGCUGACUAUAUCAAAGGUCUUGCUGUCAAUUUGCUCCCUGCUCACAGACUGUAAUCCAGCCGAUCCGCUGGUGGGCAGCAUUGCCACGCAAUAUUUGCAGAAUCGUGAGGAGCACGAUCGAAUUGCGCGUCUUUGGACAAAGAGGUACGCAACAUGAUGCGUAAGUUCUGGCAUCGUACAUGUACCACAAACCGAAAACUGCAACAACAGAAACGAAAAUUCGCAUCUUGCAACGGAGAAAGUCUAUUUUAUAAAUAUAUAUUAAAAUACGAUAACUAAUAAAUUAACAGUAACAACUACCGUAACACGAACAGCAACCGCCAACAGCCAGUCGAUCCAAUUCAGUCUAUAUUUAUAUCGCGUUAAUACAGAAGUUGUAAAAACAUUUGGAGAUUUCUUGAGUUGUAUUUUUCGGAAACUAGUUUUGUUUUUAGAUCGCUUAGCAACCGAAAACAUUGUAUCGAGUCAAACGAGAGGAACACAUUCGAUGAAAAAUUGCAUCAUAAAUUGCACAUUGACAUAUUAAACUAUAAACUAUUCAACUGCAUAAUAAAUAUAAAUACAAUUAGUUUACAUUAUAUGUGUACAGUGUUAAGUGAAAAUGGAGCUAAACGAGUAAAGGGAAAAGCCUAUUUUAAUGCGUAAAUAUAAAUGCAACCAAUGUCAGGGCAGUAAACUUCGUAAAA